CUGCAGCCAAGAAACUCUCAAAAGCUGCUUCCAGUGGCUGCUGGGAUUCCAGGGCUGCUUUUAUUCUUCCCCUGCUGGAACUUGCUGCUCUAAAAAGAAGAGGAAAGCUGGACCCAGCUAAUCACGUUGGAGGAUUAAUUACAGCAGCCAUGGUCUCGAUGUGAAACUGGAUUGAUUAUUUGGUUUGUUUUAAAYACAACCAAACAGGGGUGGUUUUUUUCCUCCCUUCUUCUCUUUCACCUUUUUUUCUUCACACUCAGUGGAGAUGUUGCAAACAGYCUGCAUGAGUCCCGAGCUCCUGGUCAACCAAAACAUGAGUGAAAGUGAAAUUUGUGGCUACAGCCYAGGCCUGGGCUCUCCCCUGCCCGGAGAAACCGCCAGCCCCAAGAGCUGCUUCCAGCAGAGCCCAUCGCUGCCAGACUCGGGAUUAACUGAGCUCAACGAUGCCAGCCCCAAGCUCUACCACCCUCCUCCUGCCUGCAGAGCUCAAGGGAUGCCUGCUCCUGCUGACUCUGAACUUAGCUCUGAUCCCCCUCAGAAGCGCUACAUGGGUGUGAGAGUGAAGAUGCCGGUGCGGGAAUUGCUGAGGAAGAUCCGCCUUUCCCAAGGAGUGGAGCCGGCUCACAGCAAGGAAUCCUCAGCAGUGAAGACGGUAACCAAGGGAUCCUCAGGAAAAACAGGUUUGGAAACGCCUGGCUUGGUAACCGAGCCUCCUUUCGCUGGGUUCAUCCCGCCGGGAAUGUUCUCCAGGAACGGGUGGUGGGUGCAGGACGAGCUCCCCGACUCCCUGAAGGAUUUCCCGAGGAAUUCUCCACCCCAGAACAUCCCAGCACCUUUGGGACCUGCGGAGAUGCUUUUGGGAACUCACAAGGGAUCCCCACGCCCCAGGGAACAGCCGAGCCCCAUUUCCUUCACCGGGCAGGACCUCUCCGCCCUCUCCUUCUUCCAGUUCCAGCUGCACCGGGAGGAAAAUCUGCUGAGGAACAUCCCAGAGGAAAAACUUCUUGCUCCCGAUGAAAAUGGCAACAGGCUGCUGCACAAAGCUGUUGCCCAGGGAAAGAGAGCCCUGACUUUCGCCCUGGCACAAAAAUUCGCAUCCCUCRACAAGAUCGACGAGAAGGAUGCAGAGGAAAGGACUGCUUUGCAUCUUGCUGCAGAAAAGAACCAGCACCUGAUGGUGAAUGAUCUGAUCUCCCUGGGAGCCAACGUCAACGAGCAGGACAGMKSYGGRAAAACUCCGCUCCAUCUGUGCGCAGAGAAAGGAUAUUUGAGAGUUCUGGAGGUUCUGAAAAACUGCAAAACCAACGGGGUGUGCGUGGAAGUGGAUCUGCCUGACCGCCAUGGUCUGACCCCCCUGCACCGCGCGGCGCUCGCCCACACCGUCCUGGUGGCCAAAUCCCAAAGGACAGCCCCGGACAGCGACCUGGGGAGGCUGCUGAGCCUGCGGAGAUCCCAAAUCCUGGAGGGGAUUCAGUGCCUGCUGCAGAUGGGGGCAGAGAACGGGCUGGAGGUCCURAAUUCCUGUCAAAGCUCCAGCACCCGCCUGAAACUCGAGGAGAACACGGAGCUCAUGGGUUUGCUGCAGACACACAAACCCCAGGCACUGGAUGUUCUUCAAGAGAGCUGCAGCCUGAUGGAUGCUACGAGAGGAAUCCCCGCUCUCCCAGCAGCUCAGAACUUCCCUGRACCUUGUCCCGUGGCACCUUCAGACCUGUUUGAUGUCCUUCUCGAAGGAAAAUGCUGAAAACUCCCAUCACCUGCUCCUGCUGGAGAACAACCAGGGGACAGCAAAAAUAUACAGAAUAGAUUAAAAAAAUAUAUUACAGCUCAAACUGACCGCUGGAAAUCCCUCACCUGCACCCAAAAAUUACAGAGCAAACCCAGGAAUGGGGGAAAUCCUCAGUGCAGGAUUCCAGGAUGCUGCAGGAAUAAUUAGAUCUUAAUUAAAAUCUGCAUUUCUCUGCUAAAUCUGAGCUGGAGCUGCCCCACAAUCUGAAGCUCUGAUGAUUUUUCAUGCAGGUUUUUGGUUAAAAACAAGAUUUUAACCAUCCRGGCCUAGAGCUGAGGGUUUCAGUCUAAAAUUAUUCUUUACACUCAAA